AUGUUUGAAAAAUUUUCUGAAGCAAUACCACGUGAAUUCGAUAUAAUAUCAGUACAACGUCUUAUUGAAUAUUUAUUUCUUAAUUGUGCACAUAAAAAUUCCCUUGUAAUGGAAUCAAAUUUAGAUUUAAUUAAAACAUUUGUUGAAUUAUUGAAACGAACAAAUAUUUAUGCAGCAGCUGCAAAAGUUGUUGGACUGUUAUUAAAGGUUAGAAAAUUAAACAAUGAAUCAAAUUAUCGUUUAUUAGAACAAUUAAGUUUUAUAUUAAAAUGGCAUAAUAGUCAAAAUUUACAAAAUACAUUUAUUUAUUACAAAAACAUUAUUCUGAAACUGUUGAUAAAACAAGCAAUGAUUCCGAAUAUUACAAAAUUUGAUUUUAUUUAUUUAGAAUUAAAAGCAGCCGAAAUACUUGAUAUUAUUAUUCAUAAAGAUUUUAGUAUUCGUAGUGUUGCAUUAAGACUUUUACAUAAACUUUUACCAAAAUUAACUCAUGAACAAUUAUUUGAAAUUGCACAAACAUUGCCUGUUGAUGGUCCAAAUGAAUGUCAACAUUGGACACUUGAAAUUUACAAAUGGAUGUAUGAUUAUAUAACACAAUAUAUAACAAAUGAAGUAAAUAUUUCUUUAAAAUCUAUGUCUGAAAAAUUUUAUCAUCAUGUACGUGAACAAUUACUUCAAUUAUUAUCAAGUAAAAAUGAAUAUAUUCGUGUUAAUUGUCGUAAUUUUUGGUGUGAUCCAAAACGUUUAAGUAUAUUAUCACAUCAUCGUCUUAUUACAUUAGUUGAUCAAUUAUAUUCAAUAAAAACUGAAAAUGAAUAUUUAAAUUAUUGUACAAAUUUUCUUCUUGAACGUACAACACACAAUCCUGAUUAUAAUCGUUUUAUAUUUGAAAAUCCACUUGAUAAAUGUAUAUUUCAAGAAUUUCCAUUAGUAUGUAAUUGGCGUCAACAACAUCAUACAUAUAUGACACCAUUAUUUACAUUACAAUCUCAAACUACAAAUGAUCCAAUAAAUACAAAUAUUAUGACAAUGGAUCCAGUUCAUUUUAUGGAAACAUUAACAUAUAAUAAUAAUAAUAUUGAUCAACAACAAAAUCCAACAACAGAAAUGAUUUUACAAACACAAGAAAUAUCUAAUCGACAACAAUUUAUUCCAACACAAGUUUUAGAUAAUAAUACAAAUUAUAAUUGGCUUAAACAAACAAAUACAUUUGAUACAACAAAUACAUAUGCUUUACCAACAUUAUCAACUCAAAAUAAAACAACAUCAUUAAUAGUUAAUGUUGAAAAUAAAAAUCAAAAAUCAAAAAUAAAUUCAUUAUUAAUAAAUCAAUCUAAUAUAAAUGAAAAUAAUGAAGAUGAUAUAUUUCGACUUAAAAGACGAUUUCUUAAAGAUACAGGUAAAUUACAUAGUUAUUUUGCACGAAAACAAAAUGAAAAAAAACAAAAAGAAAAACAAUUUCUUAAUGAAAUUAAACUUAAACAAGAAAAUCAAGUUGAAAAAUAUCGUACAUAUCGUAUUGGUGAAUUACCUGAUAUUCAAAUACGUUUUAGUGAUAUUAUUAUUCCUUUACAAGCACUUGCACAAUAUGAUGAUCAUAUUGCUCGUUUACUCUAUUCAAAUUUAUUUACAUCAAUAUUAACAUCUCUUGAAGAUAAAUUAUUAAAUGAUGAAUAUAUUGAAUUAAUUGAUACAAUUCAACAUCGUUUUAAUGUUAUGUUAUCUCAAUCGGAAAUAUUCUAUCCAUCAUUUAUUCUAUCUUUAUUUGAUAUUAUUUUAUCAAAAUCUAAACAAAUUAAAAUUUCUUCUCAAUAUAUAAGUGCAUCAGCUAUAGCUAGUCAUUUAGAACCAAUUGGUAUAUUAACAUUAGAAUGUUUUAUACAUUUAAAUCAAACAAAUGAAUUAAAUCAACUUAUACAUGAAUCAGUCAAAAAGAAAUUUAAAUCUGAUCCAGAUGUAAAUAAACAAUUAUAUAAAGAUGUUGAUUAUUGGCUUGAAUUAGCUAAAUGUUAUCGUUCAAUAAUAAAUUAUGAUGAUGUACGUGGAAUUUUUUGUCAAAUUUCAUCUUUAAAAUCUUUAACAUUAAAAGCUAUUGAAGAAGAAAGUCAUUCAGAUUUUUUAUCAGCUUUAAAUACUUAUGUAACAGCAUUAGAACAAUAUCCUUUAACAGAUGAUACAAUUAAUGAUUCAGUAUUAGAAUUAGAACAUGAAUUUUGGACACAAUCAAUGUUAAAUUGUUGUAAUCAAUUAACUACUUGGACAAUUAUGUCUAAACAUAUAUUUAUUGCUAAUACAACAUUUGAUACAUUAUGGUCAAAUGCAUAUCAAUUAAAUUAUUUAAUGCCAUAUGCUAUACGUUCUAAACUUAAAUUACUUAUAUCAGGUACUGAACAAGAACAAUUAGAACAAGAAGGUCUUUGUCAAUUUUUUAAUAAUUUAUCAGCAACUACAAAUGUUGCAACACCGGCAACAUCUGAUUCCGAAACAACAUUUGUUAAACGUUCUUAUAUUGAAAAACAAUAUCCAUUUGAAUUGGCUACUUUUUUUCUUUAUCAAAAAGAUUUCGAUCCACCCCGAUCCCAACAACAACAACAACAAGAGGUAGUUACCCAACCUGAAGAAGAAGAAGAAGAAGAAGAAGUAUUAUCCAUCUUACCAAGAACUCCACCAUGUUUACCCGCACCACCAGUAUUAAGUCCAAGACAGAGUACACCACGAACACCAGUAGCACCACCAAGACUCCUUCAGUCGAGUCCACAACCCGAACCAUCAGUACAGAUUGAGAAUAAUCAGAUUAAGGAACAAGUCAUACCAAUGGAACAAGAUAUAGUAAGAAAUUCCCUAUCAGUUAUUUCAAAAGGCAUAGGAAAUUUUAAUAUAGAUUUAUUUGAUUUUCCAAUUAUUUCAAUUGAGUGUAAGUUUCAUUUUAAGAUCUUUCAUAUUAAGGCUAACAGAGAAAGUAUAACAGCAAAUAGAGAAUUUUUAGAAAAGAAAUCAAAACAACAAGAAAGAGAAUUAGAAGAACUUAUGAAACAAUUCAAAGAGGAUGAACAUAGAUUAAUAGUACAAUAUAUUAAGGAUAGUAUAGAACCAGUAAUAGAUAUUUUAAAAGAUUCAAAUAAGAAACGUUUAGAUAACUUAGUAUUAGAUCAGAUGAAAGAAAAAGCAUUAAGAACAAUAAGAAAUAAAAGUAAUAAGGAUAGUUUAGAACUUUUGGAUAAGGCACAGAUAAGAUUCGAACGUAUGUUACAACUAGAAUUUCAGUUAGAUAAAUUAGAUAGAAGAUUAAAUGAGAAUAUACCACCAUCUGCAUUAAAUAUUAUGGAUAAAUUACAAUUUAGAAGUAAAGAAUUAAAUAAAGAAGUUAAAGAUCAGUAUAGUGAACAAUGGAAUAAUGUUAUUCGUAAGACUAAAGAAAAAAGCGAUAAGAAUAAUAGAAAAAUAGCUAGAGCAAUAGAAAGAAAUAGUAGAGCUAAGAAUUUACAUCCACAUUAUACCCCAUUAGGAUUUCCACCUCACGUAAAUAAUAAAGUAUUAGGAUUAACAGAUGAAGAAAGAAGAAUUUUAAAUUAUGGACCCAAAUUUGUAUUUGAGAAUCCAAAACAAGCUUUAGAUAGAUUAGAAGAGGAAAUUAGAAUAAUGAAAGAUAAGGUAGUUGAAGCAUGGAGAAGAGAAACACAUACGACAGGAAGAAAUCCAAUUCUAGUAGAACAAUUCGCCAAUAGAUUAGAAGAAGAAGUAAGAAAUAAGAUUAAUGAAGGAGUAACUCGUGAUCCAAUAGUAGAAAAAACCUUAGAACGUUUUCAAAAGGAACAAAAAAAGGGUAAAGUUAUUUUCAGACAAACAGAUAAAUCAAAAGACUGCUUCAAUGAGGUUGGUGCGAGCGAUAGUAAAGCAAAUCAUAUGGAAUCGGCUGAUGACCUACGCUAUGUGGCUCAACGAGGCUAUGAAGCAAUGAUCAAAGGUGAACAUCGAGCUUAUGGAUCGACCAUAAUCAAACUAAUGGUUGGUGCUGGUCAAGUUAUUCUAAAUGAAAUUAUCACAGAAGUUACACGAAGAGUUAUCGAAAAAGAUAAUUAA